ACGCGGCUACACAAGGGCUGGUGCGGAGAGCGGCGCCUCUGCACCGGGUCGGAGCACACACAUGUUGCUCCUACUCCUGCCGCGCGCACCCCAAGCCUCGCCUCGCAACCGCUGCCUGGUCUCGACCGCCGGCGAAAACCUGCCAUCGCCUCGCAGCGAUCGGCUGCCAUCUUCUCGCGGCGAGCGGCGGCGACAGAGGCUCGCCGCCGAGGGGCGGCAUCGUCGGGUCAGCUGGCUGCUCGGGCAGCAGGGCGACCUCGCGCCAACGGAGCACGCGGAGCUGACCGGGCUCCUCCGCCGAGGAGACACGUACGACGCGUCCUCGUACUCCGCCUCGCACGCCGCCUUCAAGGCGGAGCAGAAUGCCGUCUUUGCGAGCCUCGCGAGCAGCCUCGGUGGCGCGGCAUCGCCCGUCGUUUACCUCGAUGGGCCGGACGGCGGCUCGACCUCGGCCCUGCGCGCGGCCGGCUUUGCCACCGACCAACUGCACGUUGCAAACCCGCACGCGAGCACGUGCGCUGCGCUGUCCGCGCCACCACACAGCCUCGAGCACGUGGCGCACGCGAGCGCGGAGGAGGCCCUUGCCUCGGAGCAGUGGCGGUCACGCGCCUUUUGCGCAGCGUAUUUCGACGGCUGCGGCGGCCAGGCCGAGCCGCUCAUCGCAAUGAUUCGGGCGCUCUUCCACGAGCGGCGCGCCGCCGCCGCGGCGCUCGCCCCCGCCGUCGCCGUCGGCUUCACCCUCACGCGCGCCGAGCCGGGCGGCGCCUCGCUCGGCGACAGGGAGGUGGCGGUGCUGCGCGCGCUGACCGCCGCGGCAGGUGCCGUCGGGUACAGCAGCCCGUCGCACGUGGCAGACGACCCCGGGAGGUGGGGCUUGCGGCCAAUGGGGAAGGAGCACGAGGGGACGACCACCGUGUGGACCGUGGUGGGCCGGCGGCCGGAGGCACAGGCAAGGUAAGUUGAUAUUCCAAUUCUUUCUCGCCUGUGUUAGUGCCAGUGGUGCGCGCCUCCAGAGCGCCAAUCUUCCCGUGC